UUUGUUAUUUUUUUUUAUUUCAAAAGGGUUGCCCUGUAACAUUUUUACUGGCUAACACAGUACAACAUACUUUACCUGCACUUAUCCUUUAAGCGCUGACACUAAAAACUAUUCCUCAAAAUAUUGAUGUAUGUUAAAAGUUACCUAUAGGUUUUGUUAAUAAUUUUCCCUGAUAGGGCUGCUUUUGUUAGAUUUAACAAUUUUAUUGUAUUUUUAAUAAAGAAACAAAAUUUCAAUAGUUGACUGAUUAUCAUAACAUUUGAGCAGAGAAAUUGCUCAAAUCUCAUAGCCUAUGAUUAAGUGUUUGUUAACAUUAAACGCUUUAGGCUGGACACAAUAAACUCUUUUACCUUCAACUAACUGCCUGGUGGAAGUUUGCCUUCAUUGAGUGCCUGCUCCAAUCAGUCAAAGCAAUUGUAAGCAGAACAUUAUCAAAGAGAUUACAAAGUUAGGCAAGUUAAGACAAGUGAUCUAAGACGAAGAAGAUAGAGUAGUUUGGAAAGGAAGAGAGUAAGGUGAGGAGGUUUACAUCUUGAAUAAUGGUAUUAACACAGGGUACCACUUUUAUAUUUGCCACAAUACAUUUUUCCAGUAGAGAUGGAGGAGGCAAAAUUGUUAGGGCUGCUUUGUAAUUAUUACUUAAAGUUCAUAACCCUGACGUUGCAAAAAAGGUUUGAUUUCUGUUGGCAGUAUCUCUUUAAGGUUUAGUGGGGGGCAAAAGGAAGCCAUAGGGUGUGUGACACAGCUGGGCCCCUCAGUGUCACAGUCUUCCAGGGCCCUGUCCCCCCAGAAUGGGUCUCUCGCUGCCUGAAGCACGUACAGGAGAGUGUUGUGAUUGGCUGUUCCCCUCACUCCACAUCUGGCUGAGAGCAGCUGUGUCGCCUCCCUGCCCACACUUCCAACUUAGAGGAGGAGGAGGAGGUGAGCAAUGCUGACAGACGGACAGGCACAAUGAUCUGAAAGCCUGCAGAAUGGGGACCUGUUGGGGUACAACUGGGGUCACAGUGCUGCUUCUGAGCUUGAUGGCCGCCUCCCACAGUAACAUGAGGACCAAUGUGUGUAAGUGGUGUGACAACUCCCACCCUGUUUGUGAUGGGGGCAUCUGCCUGACCAACUGCUCCCUGAGCUCCUAUUGUGAAAAUCCAGAGGAAAUCUGCGUCACCAUUUGGAAGGAGGAAAACGAGAGCCUCCAGCUCAGCACCCGAUGUCACCACCCCCUCCUGCUGCUGGAAAACUUCCUGGUGCCCAACUACAACACCAGCCUCUGUGUCAUGAGCGCCAUGCCCUCCGUAUCUGGGCGACUCUACACAUGUGCAUGCACAGAAGAACAGGAAUGCAAUGACAAGCUCAUCUUCUACAACCAGAGCAAUGGAUUCUCCAUGUUACACAGCAGGGAGGUGGUUCCCGUGGCUGCAAUUAGUCUCCUCCCACCAUUUCUAUGUGCUGUGAUGGUGACGGUACUGUUCUACCUGUAUCGGACCCAAAGGCUCAGUAAGAUACCCCACUCCUGGCCAGACAAAAGGGGACACUGCCCAGAGGAGCUUAUAGAGGCUAGAAGGACAGAUGAAUAUAACUGUAGAUUGUCUUCUGUACUGAUCAGCAAUUCACCCUCGGAUAUGAGCCCAAUGUGUGCCAACAGCAUCAACCACAACACUGAACUGCUACCCAUUGAGUUGGACCAACGUGUUGGCAAGGGUCGAUUCGCAGAGGUGUGGCGGGCCAAGCUGCGACACAGUGCGCCUGGUCACUAUGAGAUGGUGGCAGUGAAGAUCUUUCCUUGCCAAGAGUUUUCUUCCUGGAAAAAUGAGAGUCGGAUUUUUGCCGAUGCCAACCUGAAACACAAGAAUGUGCUGCAGUUCAUAACAACGGAAAUCCGUGGCACCAGUCUCCAAAAGGAAUAUUGGAUCAUCACCACUUACCAUGCCAAGGGCAACCUGAAAGAUUACCUGGCUAGCCAUUUUCUGAACUGGACCACCUUCCUUAAGAUGGCUGGCUCCAUUGUGAAUGGUGUGGCCCAUCUGCACAGCGACUGUACCCCUUGUGGUGCCAUGAAGAUCCCCAUUGCUCACCGGGACAUCAAGAGCACCAACAUCCUGGUGAAAAGUGACUGUGAGUGUGUUGUGUGUGACUUUGGGAUUGCAGUUCGGCUGGACCCUUCUCUCACCACAGAGGAUUUCGCUAACAGUGGGCAGGUUGGCACAGCCAGGUAUAUGGCCCCAGAAGUUUUGGAGUCACGGGUGAACUUGGAAGAUCUGGAAUCUUUCAAACAGAUGGAUGUCUACUCUCUGUCGCUGGUUUUGUGGGAACUGGCCACUCGUUGUGAUGCCUCCGGAGAGGUGAGGAGCUAUGAGCUACCAUUUGGGAGCAAAGUGCGAGAGCAGCCAUGUGUGGAGACCAUGAGGGACCUGGUGUUGCAUGGGCGUGUCCGGCCAGAAAUUCCUGACACUUGGAGGAGACAUCCGGGACUGGAUGUGCUGUGCGAUACAAUCACUGAGUGCUGGGACCAUGACCCUGAGGCCCGUCUUACUGUCCACUGUGUGGCUGAACGUUUUAAACUAAUGGCCCAAAUGGAGUGUGAUGCAAUGAACCAUCACUCAAGUGGCUGAGGAGCAGCCCCAGAGAGAAAGGGGGACCUCAAUCCUGCCAAUACCUUUUGUUUUAUGGGGGGGGGGCUGAGAACCAAUUGCUCCUUCUUGGAUUGAAUGUUUCUUCAUUAACAGAUAAUUUAUACUGGCUGGAGCUAGCUACAGAGACCCCCUUGCAGCAUAUGUAUAGCAGGGCAGCCAUGGCUUUUACUGCAAUGCCUCUAUACUGUGUAUAGUAACAAUACCGUGUAUAGCAAUAAUACUAUGUAUAGUAACUGUAAAUACAGUGUAAUGUAUAUACUGUCAACCCAGAACUAUGCAAUGAAACAAAUGAAUUUCCAUUCGCCUGGAGGAGUAACAGCACGCACUUUUGGAUUAGUGUAUUUUCAUGUGUUUUUAAUGAAAGAAUAAAUGUGAGUCUCUCAUAAAGGAAUGAAUGAAUCACACAAUGAUAUGAGCCUUGAAUUCUUUUCCCUACGUGGGCUACCGGCAAGUCACUAUGGAUUCAGCACAGAAUUGUAGCAGAUUAGACUGACAGAAAACACACAAGCAACAGUGUCCUUUCUGGAUAAUUUAUUGCCCCCCCCCCAUAUAAUUAGCAGGUAUCUGCUCUCAGUGCAGGUCACAAAAAGGUAAAGGUGUGCAUAGGGCAAAUAGGCCCUCCUACCUUAUUUACAUAUCAACUACAUCCCUUGCCCUUACACACACCCCCACGCCAUUUAUAAAAAGUUACAUUCACAGCAGGACACAACCUGUAUCAUGUCUGUUUCACAAUGACAAAUGGGGAUCCGGAGGGAAGAGAAGGUGGAGCUGCAUUUGAACACACUGCUUGGAAGACAACACAGAAAAGAGGAGAGUAAGGCACCACUCUUAUUAAUGUACAGUAUAACAUGUGUAAUGUACAGAAGGGGGGUGGAUUCUCAACAGCACGUCUGUCAUUGCCAGCAAUCCUGAAAGACUCAUCCUGUAGAAACGGUGUAUAAAGAGGACGAGGUUGCUUCUACCUGAACAUUUUCAGGGUGGGAUCGGUGUCUUACAGAAUUGCAGAUGGAAAGUAGUUGCCAUAUGUUAUUUUGAUGUAAAUUUGUAUUUGUGCUGGAUUAGCAGUUGUCUGAAAAAUCUGAUUGCUUACACUGCCAUUCUGAUUGCUGAACUGCACUACAAGAAUCAAACAGCAACCCCCCCUUCAUCAAACCCAUUAUAGACACUUACUGUUAUUUUUCUCCCUCUCUGUCCAGUUCAUUCCUACGCCAGCCAUCUUAAUCUACUUGCCUAUUUUCUGGUUUUCUUAUAAUAGUGCCAGGCCCCUCUGGCCAUGGAUUUCCCAUACUAAAACUCACAUAUAACAUUGCGUAUGAUAUCAUGUUAUAUUAUGAAAUCACUUUUACAUUCUGGCUGAACCGUUUCUGUUCUCUCUCCAUGUUUGGGACUGGAGCUUCGAUCUGGUGCAGGGGAAAGUGAAUCAAAGUGACUGACCCCCUGAGGUUUCUUGCUUUUAGACUCUUCUAUUUACUUUUUAUAUGUCCUUAUGCCCCACCUACUUAAGAAGAUCUCUCCUUGCACAGACACCCUGGCAUUUCACCCCAAAUCGUUUGGGCCUGGCCUGUUAGUAGUAAGUGAGACAAUGGCUCUGGCUCCAGAAUCAUCUUGAUUUCUUUCACACGCCACAGGCAGCAGCACUGGAGUAUAUGGGGGGGGGGGGGGGGGUGACAAGAUUUUUAAA